AUGGUUGUUUUGCUUCUGUAUAUAUUGCUAAGAAGAAAUUAGAUGGUUCUAAAGUGGCUAUUAAGGCAUUUCUUAAGAAAAUGUUAAUACAAAAGAAUCCAAAUUCAUGGAGAGUAUUAUUUGUAUUCUAAUUUUAGUUAACAAUAGAAAAUGAGAUAAAGGUAAUAAAAUCAUUAGAUCAUCAAAGUAUUCUUAAAUUUUAUGAUCACUUUAAAAAUAGGGCUUAAUCAUAUAUUUUUGAUGAGUCUGGCAAGAGGAGGAACUCAUGAAUAAGGAUUAAAGAAAUUAGAAGAACCUUUACCAUUUUUAACUGUUAAAGUUAUUUUUAGGUAAAUUGUAGAUGCAAUUAAAUAUAUUCAUUAACGUGGAUUUAUACAUAGAGAUUUGAAACCUAGUAAUAUUUAGUUGAAAAAACCAAUGGCUUUAAAAUAUAUAAUGAAAAAUGUUAGAAUUACUAAUAAACCAUUAUUUAAUGCUUAUAAUUAAAUUGCUUUGAAAUAGUUGAAUAAGGAAUGUAAUUUUGAUUGGAAUAAAAUUAAUGAAGAAUUAUAUAAUAGUAGAUAGUUGACACAUUUAUUGAAGAAAAUGUUGUCUAUAGAUCAAAAUAAAAGGCCAACAUGUUCAGAUAUACUUAAAACUAAGAUCUUAGAUGUAGAAUAUGAUAAUGAAGGAUGUCCCUUAUUUAUUAAUUACAAGAACCCUAAAUCUUAAUCUAUUUAAUAAGUAAAAACCUCUAGACCUUCUAUAAAAUCAAUACGCAACAAUAGAUUACCAUUGGUGUCUUCUAAUCUUUAUUAUAACAUUUAAUAACAUAAAAAUCCUUAGACCAAAAGAUCAUGA